AUGACAUCCAGCGUCCUCUCUGGCACCACCACCAAGACCAGCUCCAGCAUCUCCGAGAUCCUGGAGUGGUGGCAGGCGGAUGCCGAGGAGGUCCUCUACAACCUGGGCUUCGUGCAGAGCGAGCCGGAGGACGUGGCCCGCAUCCCCGCGCGCUUCUUCUCGGCGCCCUCGCGGGCCAAGGGCAUCGACUUCCAGCUCUUCCUGAAGUCCCAGGUGCAGCGCAUGGAGAUGGAGGAUCCCUGCCUGAUGUUGGCCAGUCGCUUCCAGCAGGUCCAGGCGCUGGCCGCGACGGCCGACGCUUUCUUCUGCCUCUACUCCUACGUGUCCAAGACGCCGGAGGUGCUGGACCGGGCCAGGGGACAGCGGCUCCGCUCCGACCCGGCCCGCGUGGAGACCGUGCAAGGGGCCACCGUGGAGAUGCCCCUGGGGACCCCACAGCGACGAGCGUGGGGACCUUCUGUGGUGGCACAGAGUGUCCCCGCGUGUCCCCAAGGCGGCAGUGAGCUUGUCCCACCGUGCUGCCUGGGGACACCAAGGUCCACCCCGCCAGGGACACCGGCCAACACCAAAACAGGACACGUGGAGUGGCCCUGUCCCCACUGCCAGGGGAGCAGCGACAGCCCCAGGGUGGAAGCUCCCUCGUGGGCUUGGGGAGCUGAGGAUGCUCCUUGUCCCUUGGGAGCACAGGACACCCAGACAGGCCCUGCAGCCACACGGGCAGGUGACACCUUGUUGCCGAGUUUGGGCUGUGCGGCCACCAACACCAGCUGGACGUGGGACACCCCCAAACAGCCAGCGGGGCUGGGGACCGAAGGGGACUCCGGCUUCAGCUCCGACUCCUUGCGGACGUCGCCUUGGACAAACGCGGGAUCCCAGCGGUGCCUGAGCAAGACCCCGGAGCUCCGCGCAGCCUCUUCCCCUUGCCCAGACAAACCGAAUCCGGGUGGCAGACGGGGUCGGCGGCGAAGGGGACAGUCCAGCACAUGUCACCCAAGGGACACUGCUUGGAAGGAGGGUGACGCCUCGGGGCUGCGGGUGCUGGGGACCCCGUUGCCCCUCAGCUGGUCAGAGAUGCGCUCCAAUGUGGAUGUGGACUCGUUCGAGAUGGAAGAGGACCUUGCAUUGAGCCCCGGUGUGUCUUAUCCGAAGGUGCUGAGCGCCAGCGAGGAUGAUGACGAUGCCCUUUGUGCAGCUCCCGUAUCCAGAGCUCCAUGA